AUUUCAUCACCAGAUUCGAUCAGAUGUCUCUGAUUGGGUGACGCUCUCCACCCCCGUUUCAUCCAGCGCUGAUAUAAAGUGGGCUGGUUUCAGAGCAGAACCACUUCAGCCUGCUCAGCUCUUUCUCUGACAGAAGAACCUGCUACAGCUGAACCAUGAACCGAAACUCACUCAGCACUGACCAGGAGCUGCGUCAAGGGGAGCACCUGAUGAGUCUGAAUGGUAAUUACCAAGCCAUUCUCCAGACUGAUGGCAACUUUGUCAUCUACAAAUGGACUCCCACCUGGGCGUCCAGUACAAAUACGGACGAUACGCUCCGUCUCCUUUUGCAGCCGGAUAACAACCUGGUCAUUUACAACAACAAAGGAACAGCCGUGUGGGCCAGCGGAACACACUCCAACAGCCACACCCAAAGAAUGCGUCUGACCAUGCAAAACGACGGUCGGCUGGUUCUUGACAAGGAUGGGAACGAAGUCUGGAGUGUUGGAGGAAAGUGAUGUGAACCACACUGAAAUAAAGAGCUGAGAUGCUCAUUAACUGGC